UGAAAAACUCUUCUCGCGUUUAGUGCAUACACUUAAUAAAUUACGCAAUGCAUUUAAAACAAAUAUUUUCAAUUAAGUUCGUAUUUCAUAUUAUUUUGGUCAAAGGCUUAAUUGAAUCGUCUAAUGCGGAUAAAAAUAAUGAAACUCUACACGAUUGUAAUACCAGCGGCGAACCCAGUAUAUGUGUUCCUCAUACCUUUUGUAAACCCAAAAAAAAUAUUAUUCAUUUCUACGAUGAUCAAUGCGAUAGAGAUGCGAAUGGAAUUCUUCAGAUUUGCUGUUUAAUGUCGAAUUUAUUAGUACGCGUUGUGAAAGAGGAACCUGCGACAACUAAUAAAACCUUAGCCAAGGAAAUGUGUGAUCGAUAUUAUACUUCUAGGAAAUCGAUAACUCAUGGCAAAAAAGUCUUAGUGAGAGAAUUUCCAUUUAUGGUAAGUGCAAUGUAAAAGAAUUGAUCUUAGUUUUCGUCAAAAAGACUGAACAUUUAUAUAAACUGAUAAAUUUAUGCAAAUAAUAAUGAAAACAAGCAAGAAAAUUAUAUUCGGUCAUGACCGAAUCUUUUAUACAUGGUUCAUGACGGUAAGCAUAUAUUCACAAAUGAGAGCAAGCGUCAUGGUUUCUUUCAAAACAAGAGUUCAUAUAAGAGAAUAAGUAAG